AUCACAACUUGUUGUGUAUGUAAAUAUAACGACACCGGCACGAGUCGCGGAUAUAAACUUUAACACUGCUGCGCGUAGUACUAUCUAUAAACGGUUAUAAAAACCUUUACCUAGACCAAAAUAGAAUAAUUAGAGAUUCUAUAUAUGUACAGUGUCGCGUAUUUUCCCGUAUUCGCAUUAUAGGACUGCGACAGACAGACAGUAUAGUAGUAAUUACGCGUAGUGUGUGUGUGUGUGUAUUCCCGUGGAGUGACGUUUUAUUAUAAAUGUAUACUUACAUAUGCGUUGAACGUGGCGAGUGUCGAAAGCCAAAUGCGAUAGUCUAAUUGUAAACAACAACGCGAUUCGGAGAGAGAGAGAGAGGGAGAGAGAAAAGAAGAAGAGAGUCGUGCAGCAGAUCAGUGGGCAGGAGAGAAGAGAAAGAGAAACGCGCAGAAAAAAAAACAGAAAACGUUAAAAAAAAAAAAAAAAAGAAGUAGAAAUUGACACGAACCGGCUCCCCCUCGUCGUCGUCGUCGUAGUCUCGCGCGCGCGUAUACACAUACUCACGCAAAAGAAAGAGAGAAACUUGGAUAUAUCGUCGUUGCCAUCUGUUGAGCUUGACACCGAUACCUUAUACUCGCGCUGUUUUUAUUUUUAUUUUUUUUUUAUCGUGCCCCAUUUUCCGACCCAUCGACUCCGAAUCAAAGCGCGAUGGAAGGAAGAACGUUCUACAUCUGUCUGCUCCUGAUUAGCAUCAUAGUCGGCGCCUCGAUCAACGCCGCCUGGGCCAAUCCUUGGGGCGAGGACGAUACCUGCUACUCGUUCGCCGGCGGCACCGUCUAUCCGAGCGGCGCCAAGCACGAGGGUCACCAGCUGCACACGACAAAGGCCGUUAUUGGCAAGAAGGCCCCUGAUUGGGAGGGAACUGCAGUUGUGAACGGCGAAUUCAAGGAACUCAAGCUCUCGCAGUACAAGGGAAAAUAUCUAGUCUUCUUCUUCUACCCACUCGAUUUCACAUUCGUCUGCCCGACCGAGAUACUCGCCUUCUCCGAGCGCGUCGAGGAGUUCCGCAAGCUCGGCGUCGAGCUGGUCGCCGCCUCGGUCGACUCGCACUUCACCCAUCUGGCCUGGACGAAAACGCCGAGGCGCGAGGGUGGCCUCGAGAGCAUCAAGAUACCACUGCUGUCCGACCUGACGCACAAAAUUUCCAAGGAUUACGGCGUGUACCUUAAUGAUUUGGGCCACACUCUGCGUAAGAAAAGAAAAAAUAACUAUCCAUUAUGCUUUAGAGCACUCUUCAUAAUCGACGACAAGGGAAUUCUUCGCCAAAUCACGAUGAAUGACCUGCCGGUUGGAAGAUCCGUCGACGAGACUCUGAGGCUCGUGCAAGCCUUCAAGUACACCGACGACCACGGCGAAGUGUGCCCAGCUGGCUGGAAACCGGGCCAAGACACCAUAAUUCCAAAUCCAGAAGGUAAAAUGAAGUACUUUGCAAAGAAUGAAGUGUAAUUUUGUAAACUAUUUUUUAUAGAGAUUUUGAAAAUAAAGACUAAUUUUUA